AGCCAUUUUUUGGCUCGAGUGAUCGUUUCACGCUCUUGUCUGGCAUACACGUUCCACCUGCUGCCAUGGGAAAGGCGCAGAGGCGUCUGACAGCGAAGGCGGCCACAGCGGCGGGACAUUACCUCGCCGCGGACAGGACGACGCCAGAGCUGAAGUACCGCUUCGAGACAGGGCUCGCGGCGACAGAGCCAGUUCGUGACGCCAUGUCCAAGGCCACGUCCACGUCGACCACGCCCUGCGGCUCCACCCCGAGGGAGUACAACGACAGCGCGAGCGACAGCGACGCUCACCCGCCAAUGCCAGGCCUCCUUGACGUGGUCGUGCACUUUGCUCCCGCCCGCGGCUGCCACCGUGGUGCGCCGGGCGUGCACGGUGGCGCUGCGCUCGCGAGCGCCUCCCCUCUGCGAGGGCCCCCCCCGGGCCCGGCGGCAGCCGCUGCCCGCUGUGCGCCGCCUGGCACGUGGCACACCGGGGCCCGUCCGAGCCCAGAGCCCCUGGCGGCACCGCCGCCCGCCCGCCGCGAGUCCUCGGGGCUGCCGCCCAGCGCCCAGGGGCACGACGCCGCGCGCGACAGCUGCUGGGCGGCGGCGCGCGCGCCGCGGGCCCCGCCGGGCUCGUGGGAGGGCAAGGCCGGGCGGGCCUCUGCCCCGCUGGGCCUCGAGGGCCCGGGGGCGCUCCCCGGCUCGUGGCGGUGCGGGCCCUCGCAGAGCCCCGCCAUCGCCGCCAUCGGGCCCCCGCCCGGCCUCGAGGCCCGUGGCCCGGUGCCCCGCUGCUCCGAGGUGGGCGCCGCCGGCGCCGGCCUCCCCGCAGUGCCGCCCGGCUCAUGGGCAGUGCGCCCAGCCAGGCCAGGGUGCCAGCCGCCCGCCAGCGAGCCCCCGCCUGGCCUCGCUGGGGCGCCGCGUCACGCGGUCUGCAUCUGGCAGCUCUGAGAUGCCGUGACCGACUAGGCGUAAGAGUGACCUUUCGCCAGAGUGACCUUUGGUGCGGGCCCAGUGGGGUCCCCCGAUCGCCUGGUGUGAUGCGAUAGUUGCGUCUUGCGCGCUUGGGUUUGGCCCGCGCCUGCAGAUCCCCGGAAGCCGCGCACCACAGGUCUCUCUUGCCUAGGGUCACUCUUGCGUGUAACUAGACGAUAUGAGACCGCCUUGCGGGAGGGAGCCUUACUCGGUGGUGCUCAGGACGCGUGUUGUUUGGCUCUGUGCGUGUCUACCCCGUGCAGCUCCACCGACGAUGCGUAGCCUGUUUCGGCUCCCAUUACAUUGCCUGCGUCGCAUUGAAGGACCUCGAUAGACAAACACACGUUGACACUGACAACAGAUGUUCGGAGGAUGAUUGACACACCGAGGGCUGGUAUUCUGAUGAGCUGGAGCAGUUCUAUGAGGACGCUCAGGACGCCAUCCAACGCAGAGAGGAAGUACUCAGACUGAGAAGUGUGAGGGGAUGUGCUAAUGUCGAUGCUGUACCCAGAUAAGUGCAGCCUCAGACAGGAAACACUCCUCUCUUGUUUUAAGCUUCCGCACAGUCCUUUGCGACGUCAGUGUUGCACCGUGGUCUGGGCGCGCUUCUUUUUUCACGGCCAAUGCUCUAGCAUGGGCUUUGUCGCUCUCCCUCUCCCUCUCUCUCUCUCUUUCGCUAUCUCUGUCUGUCUGUCUGUCCGUCUGUCUGUCCGGCGCGGUGGCGGAUAUCCUUCUCGUGUUAAGCUUCAGCGCCGUCCUCUGCGACGUCUGUGCUGCAUUGUGGGCUUUGCCCUUUUCCCUUUUUCGUGGCCAGUGCUUAGCCUUGUCAUUUGUUUUUUCCAACCUUUGGAGUCCAGAUCUCGCCAGCGGCACGCUUGAAUUGCGCAUUUUAGGCAGAUUUGGUCACCCAUCACCCUUCAAGGCUCUGGGCCGCUCGCUUCCUCGUCGCCGCCUCUUCACCUCAUCCUCUUAGCAGCGGUGUCGGGCAGACCUCUUCCCUCCCUCCUUCCCGUUCUCCUGCUUCUUUCGUUCCACCUCACUCCCUCUCUUUUCUCUUAUCCCCAUUUCCUUGUCAGGCUUGUGCCUGCUUGCGACUUGCAAAUCCCUCGCGUGAGCAGAAUCUAUGACAUCUGGUCAGGGCUGGCCGACGCGUCUAGGGCGUCCAAUGGUGUCCUCUAUGAGAAGGACUUUUUGGCCUAAACGGUUGUCUUGCCGUUUGUGCAGCCACUGAGCCAGAUUUUGUGCCUGGCGCGCACAUAGCAUGGAAAGAUGGGAUCUCAAGACCUCUCCUAGGGCAGCGCCAGCUACAUAGCUACAAACUCGCCGUGGUGAUUGCGUCACGCGUCAGAGUA